CGUAUGUAAGCGAAAAGUUUAAGUCUGUGUUUACCAAUACCUGUUGCAUGAUUGUUGUUUUUUUUAAUUAUUUUGUAUGCAGUAUGCACAGUUAAAUAAGAAUGUAUUAGUUAUCGUGCAGAUAUGGAUUUUCCUAUAUGCUCUGGUUGUAAUAGAAAUAUUGAAGAUGAAGAAUGUAUUCAAGCGUGUGAUAAAGAUUGGCACAGGUCUUGUUUUAAGUGCUCACUGUGUCAGCAGCAAAUGAUAGGAACAUUUUUUGAGAAAGAUGGCCUUGUGUUUUGUGCAAAAGAUUAUUGGAAAGAAUUUGGAGAACUUUGUCAUAACUGUCAUGAGAUAAUAUCUGGGCCUGUAAUGGUUGCUGGAGAUCAUAAAUUUCAUCCAGAGUGUUUCAAAUGUGAUAAUUGUAACAGUUAUAUUGGCGAUGGUGAGUCAUUUGCAUUGGUAGAAAGGUCAAGAUUGUAUUG